AUGCCAGCCAUCGCCACUCCCAAGGUCUUGCCGGCUACGAAACCGGGCCAGUCAUCAAGCACCUCGACCUUUAACGUCAAGUCUGAACAAGAUUGCCACGACCUCUUCUCGCGCGAGGUCUCAGCCCUACCGGAGCGUGAAGUGUCCACCGGCAGCCAUGAAUCGUCACCCUCCGAAAGCCGAGUGAAUUUUCUUCCUCGCGAAUCGUCAAAGACCGACGGAACGACAACAAACGUCUGGAUAGCAAGGACGGUGAAAUCCGCCAUGGCUGAUAUCCUCACCGGACCAUGA